GCAGCGGCGGCGCGCAUGCGCUCUCGCGCGGCGGAAGGCGCUCGGCGGAGAGCUUCCGGUGCGGGCAGCGGGCGGGAGGAGGAGGAGGAGGAGGAGGAGGAGGAGGGGAUGAUGGCGGCAGGGCCCGGGCCGCGCAUCUGCGAGGGGGAGUGCGCCGUGCUGAAGCGGGGGGACGUCUUCAAGGCGGUGGCCGUGCUGCGGAGGAGGAAAAUUAUUUUUGAGAAGCAGUGGUUCUAUCUGGACAAUGCCAUCGGACAUAUUUACGGGACUACGUUUGAAGUAACCAGUGGAGGAAACCUGCAGCCAAGGCGAGAGGUGGAAGAAACUACGCCAGACACAAAAGAAGCAGGUACAGAUAAUCGUAACAUAGUUGACGAUGGAAAGUCUCAAAAACUGACUCAUGAUGACAUAAAGGCUUUGAAGGACAAGGGUAUUAAAGGACAGGAAAUUGUUCAACAGUUAAUAGAGAACAGUACAACAUUCCGAGACAAAACAGAAUUUGCUCAAGAUAAAUACAUAAAGAAGAAGAAAAAAAAAUAUGAGGCUGUUAUUACAAUCGUAAAACCAUCCACUCGCAUUCUUUCAACAAUGUAUUACGCAAGGGAACCUGGAAAAAUUAACCAUUUGCGUUAUGACACGCUAGCCCAGAUGCUGACUUUGGGAAACAUCCGUGCUGGCAACAAAAUGAUUGUAAUGGAAACAUGUGCAGGCCUUGUGCUGGGCGCUGUGAUGGAGCGAAUGGGAGGCUAUGGAUCCAUUAUUCAGAUGUAUCCAGGAGGGGGACCUGUUAGAGCUGCCACCAGCUGUUUUGGGUUUCCAAAACUUUUUUUCAAUAAUCUUCAUGAAUUUCCUCUCAGCAAAGUGGACAGUCUUCUCUCUGGGACGUUUUCGACAGAGAUGCUACCUUCAGAAUUUGACGAUAAUGCACUAGUGGAAGAAGAAAGCAAUGGGCUGAUUGACGAGAAGCAGACUUCUAUACAGGAAACAGAAGAGGAACCUAUUACUGCCACAGCUAUGGAGGUCAACCAAACAGAAGAGCAAGAAGCAAUGGACAUUAACGCUGAAGAUGUAGAAUUUAAAGAUAACAAAGAAAAAGACAAUAAAGAAAAUGUUCGGGAAAAACAAAGAAAACAGUGGGAGAGAAGGAAAAAGCUAAUAGAAGCUGCUGCUCUCUUGAGAGAGAAGAAUGCGGAUGGCUUAAUUGUAGCCAGCAAGUUUCAUCCCACUCCUUUAUUACUUUCUUUAUUGGAGUUUGUUGCUCCUUCAAGGCCUUUUGUUGUCUACUGCCAGUAUAAAGAGCCCUUAUUAGAGUGUUACACAAAACUGAGAGAAAGAGGCGGUGUUAUUAACUUAAAAUUGUCCGAAACCUGGCUACGAAACUACCAGGUCUUACCAGAUCGAAGCCAUCCAAAACUGACAAUGAGCGGAGGUGGAGGGUACCUUCUGUCUGGUAUAACUGUUGUGCUGGAGAAGGGCAAAUCUGAUUCCAGUAAUUUAGAAGCACUGAAGAUAGAGGAGCCAUCAUCUAAAAGAUGCAAAGUUCAAGACCUUCAGUGUUAACAUUUGAAGAAUUGAUUUGUUUUUUAGAUCUCAGGAGAUACAUGGUUAGUAAAAUAACAAAUACACUUUCUGUGUUCUUGACAGCACAGGAACAGUACCUGUCAUACAUCUGUCAGCAAAAAGCAGGAUUGAGCGGUAGGGAGAAUUGCCUCUCUCUCUACCAGUUUACAUGAUCAGAAUUAGAAGAAGAACCCGUGAAAGCAAACCUGUGUCCAGCACCACACUGAAAGCACUCUAACUUCAAAAAGACCUUCUGGUGAUCAGGAUGAGAAACUAACAUGGAGAUAAGACAAAGCAUCAGUGAAAGCACUCUUUUUGUUUGUUGCCAGAAGUGGAUAUGAUUAAAAAGGUUGAGUCUGAAUCAACCCACGUAAUUUAGCUUCCAUUUUCCCAGAACAGCACCAGGGUAAACGUUCUACGUAGUGAUCUCCUUCUUCGGAUACUGAAACCUGCAAUGUUCAUUAAUCUAAGGAAGUGGAAUAAAUGGCAAAAAUCAUACGCUUUUCUUUCCAAAGGAACAAUAAAAAGAGAAUACCAGAACUUUACAGCAUGACUCCAUGUGUCCUGAAAUAAAUACGGAAGAAAGUGUAUGGUCAUAAAUUAAAUACCAAAUAUUUAAACAGUGUCUCUGUUAGUAUUGUCUGUCAUUUUCCUGAGAGGAGUUAUGUUUUUAAGAUACGACAGUUUUGAAAACUGCUAUAUGUAUAUUUAUUUUACAGUUCUGUUCUUUCAUGAUGUGUAGCUUUUUAUUUUUUAACUUUGCAUUUGACAUUUGAAUUAAACUACAGGAUGUAUUUCCUAAGGAGAUUUCUUUUUCUUGAUUUUCCCUCUUUUUACGAAAUCAGGUAGAGGAUUUAGGAGAAGAAUACCCUUGCAGGUCACAUUCUGUUAAACCCCUAGGUGGGAGCCAGCAGGACUGGGCUUCCUGUCUUGAACCUUACUCCUCGAUCAAAAUCUGGAGCUUUGGGUUGAAGUUCUUAGACUUCAUGAAGCUAUGAUAUUCUGUGUAUUAGUAAGACUGAUGCUCUUUUAGGGCACUGAUGUGCAUAAACUGAUCUGAAAAGUGUGUUUUGCCCCUCUUACCUUUCACUACAAUUUAAACAUUGUAAAUCAUGCAUAAGGAAUCAAAAUCUGCUGCAUGGCUUUUACUAAUGGAGUUUUUAAAAAAAUGCUGAACUUCUCAGCUUCUUUCAAGAAUUAGUAGAUUAGUGGGGAAAGGGAUGGGGGGGGGGGGCAGUUUCCCAUCACUUUGUGUCUGUAUGUGCAUACUGAAGGUAAACUGGGACUUUCAAAGCAAAACACCCACUGUGUGAUGAAAUUCUGAGAACCUGGCUUAGAGCAGUGCCUAGGAGUCUGAAAGCCAGUCAAAAGCAUGAAAAUUAUGAACUCGGCAUAAACUAGGAGGUAAAUACUAAAAAA